CAUAAGACGUGAAACAAGCUUGCUGCCGCCAGGUUAUCUAACUUUAGUUUAUUACCAAACUGUUCACUUUAUCCACCGCCUGCCUCUCUGAAAUAAAUAUAUUUUAAUAUCUGUCUUUCCUAAGGUGCUGUUGGCAACAAAAACAGCCGCACACACAUCUAUAACGCCUCUAGUGAGCCGACUAGCCAUUUCAGUUUCCAUAGACUUACAUUGGAUAAGUGUUAAUACGCGUUAAACGCUCUUGGCAGCGACGCGUCGUGUUAAACGCUGAAGAAAUGCGCCAUAAAAGUAAGAAGCGGAUCAAAGAAGCGAAACGGAGCGCCAGACCCGAGCUGAAGGACUCGAGCGACUGGAUCAAACACGAUUACUGCGAGAGUUUCGAUCUGUCACACCGGACAGUGAAGGACAACGUUGAGCGAGUGGACGCCCAGUGUCUCAGUCCGGAAGAGUUCAUUCAACGCUUUGAGAAACCGUAUAAGCCUGUGGUUCUACUCAACUGCCAGAAGGCGUGGCCUGCAUGGGAAAAAUGGACCUUAGAACGACUCAAGCGCAAAUACCGCAACCAGAAGUUCAAAUGUGGUGAGGAUAACGAUGGCUACUCUGUCAAAAUGAAGAUGAAGUAUUACAUGGAGUAUUUGGAGUCCACGCGGGAUGAUAGCCCCCUCUACAUCUUUGAUAGCAGUUUUGGCGAGCAUGCCAAACGGCGUAAGCUUCUGGAAGACUACCAGGUGCCUGUUUUCUUUAGGGACGACCUCUUUCAGUUUGCAGGGGAGAAACGCCGGCCUCCCUACAGGUGGUUUGUGAUGGGUCCUGCCCGCUCUGGAACAGGCAUCCACAUCGACCCGCUCGGCACAAGUGCGUGGAACGCCCUGGUCCAGGGCCACAAAUGCUGGUGCCUAUUCCCCACCCACACACCCCGUGAGCUAAUCAAGGUGACACAAGAGGAUGGGGGAAACCAGCAGGACGAAGCCAUCACCUGGUUUAAUGUGAUUUACCCACGCACAAAGCAGUCCACCUGGCCAGCCGAGUUCAGACCGCUGGAGAUUCUGCAGCACCCUGGAGAGACUGUGUUUGUGCCAGGUGGAUGGUGGCAUGUCGUGCUCAAUCUGGACAUGACCAUUGCUGUGACCCAGAAUUUCGCAAGCACCACAAACUUCACAAUCGUAUGGCACAAGACUGUGCGGGGUCGCCCCAAACUCUCCAGGAAGUGGUACAGGAUUCUUAAGCAGGAGAGGCCAGAUAUUGCUGCUCUGGCAGAUAAAGUCGAUUUGCAGGAGUCCACGGGCAUUGCCUCCGACAGCUCCAGUGACUCCUCUUCCUCAUCUUCCUCCUCCAGCUUCUCUGACUCGGAUUCAGAGAAGGCCAACUCUGAGGGCGGCAUCAUGACCCACCGCAGAAAGAAGAGAAAAAUUUGCGGCACGAUGGCAAACGGGGGCAUCACAAGCCAGGAUGACUGCGUUAGCAAAGAUCGUAGUUCGUCCCGGUGACAUCCCCACCCCCUUUCACAACAGCAGAGGGGCUGCAGCCAUAAUCGUCUCCUAGACCGAAAAACAUCGCAAUCUCUCUGUCUGUCAGCCUCAGGAGACCCCUGUCCAUUAGAUAAGAGGUUGUUGAUGAAGUCUGGGCACAUGAUAACAUACUCAGCCCCUGACUUAUCUGCCCUGGUGCGCUUUUAGAGAAAAAUAUCCAAAAAAUGUACUUGUUGGAGGGGUUUCACCUUAAUUAGUGAACAGCUGUUUGGGAAAACCGUUCUCCUGUUGCCUUUGCUGUUGUCAAUCUAUGGACAGAAAUCUUGACGUCCCCUCCAGUCCCAGUGCCACGGUCUCACAAUCUGUGUUUGAAUCUAAACAGAUGCCGUUCUUUAUAUUUUCCCAGGGGUUAUGCUAUGAUUCUUUGCUUUCUGUUGUGAUGUAUCACCACCUGUGUAAUGCUGCCUUUAGCAAUUUAAACUAAAAACAGAUUACUUUAUUACUGAUUCUACACAUACAAUGGAAGUGAAUGGGGCCAGUCCAUAAACAUUAAAAAACACACAGUUUCAAAAGUAUAGCCACAAGACAUAAACAUUGCACGUUUUAACAUGAUUUUAGUGUGAUAAGAUCGCUGCUCAGUAUUAUAAGGUUUACCGGUGUUGUCGUCAUGAUGACAUAGUUGUAAAAUUGGCUUUAACUUUACACAGAAAAUGUAAGUUAGUGAUUUUAUCACACUAAAAUCAUGUUAACAUGCAUAUUGUUUACGUCUUGUGGCUAAAAUGUUUACGGAUUGGCCCCAUUUACUUCCAUUGUAAGUGCCUCACUGGAACAGAUGUUUUAAACAAGUCGAAAUAAUGUUGAUUACCACAAAUUGAAUUUUUUAAGAAUAUUCUGGCAACUCUUUUCCAUAUAAUGAAGAUGAAUGGGUACUGGGACUAUCAAGCUUCAAAAUUAAAGAGAAAAACCAUUAAAGUACUUCAGAAGUAAUCUGAAAAAUGUUUUACACUAUAUUUCAAGUCUUCCAAAGCAUAUGAUAACUUUGUCUGAGGAACAGACCGAAAUUUAAGUCCUUAUUCACUGAAAAUAUUGCCUUCUCAAAUCAAAUACGGUGCCAUAUUUUGAGAACAUCUUUUAGUCGCAAGACACGAGAGAACCAUUGGCGUCAAAUGGCAAGUAGUCCAUACAACUUCUGUACUGUUUCUCAGUCGGUUCCUCACACAAAGCCAUCAAAUGGCUUCAUAGGAUUUGGAAUAUGGUGUACAAAUCAUAUGGGCCACUUUUAUGAUACUUAAAUGGUUCCAAUUGUAAGCUUAACUCCCCCAGUCAUUCAUUGAUAGAAAAGAGCUGCCAAGAUACUCUUCACAAAUUAAAACAUGAGGGUGAGUAAAUUACGAUGGGAUUUUUUCAAUUUUGGUUGAACCAUUAAUUUUAUUGGUACCAUUUAAAAUGAUUGUGCAAAUCCAUUUUAGAUUUGAAUUUUGAGUUCAUAAUGCACUUCUAAAAGACUAACUUUUGAUUAGAAUGCCCCCUCUUCCUAAAUAACAUUGUUGUUCACUUUGAUGCAUCUUUUUUUAAAUGUUAAAAUUGUUAUGAAUGCUCAAUCGCAACACUUUAGAUUUCAAUAAACAUGUAAGGUGUUGUUGGAUGGUCUUUUCAGACAUGUGGACUCGUCUUCCCCUCCACAAAGUCCCCUAGCAGUGAAUUCAAUGUUUAAAUUGGCACAUGCAUUUGAUUAGAACGCCUGAUUAGAAGCUGGUAAAGCACGUUCGCUUCCAUUAGUGUUUGUUAGGUGCAAGUUAAACACUAGGGGGCAGUAAUGCUUUAAACCGUAAAGAGACAGUGCACUCUGAAUUUAAAGGUUGCAAGUCUGAUUCGUGAAAAUCUGCUAAUAAUUUUUGCCUCAAAAGAAAGAAAAAAAAAAUACUUAAACCGUCUUUGUGCACUAAUGUCUUAACAUUUUAAAAUACCUGUUAUGACCUAAAUAUGUUUCAGGGCUACAAUUACUAACUAAUUUGUGAUGUGUGUGAGUGUAAUGAUCAAUGAGCAAAGGGUUUCUUUUUUUUUCCCCAAGGUAACAAUCUAUCUGAGUGUGUAAAUUGCUGUUGAAAUGUUUGUGUGUGUGUGUGUGUGUGUGUGUGUGUGUGUGUGUGUGUGUGUGUGUGUGUGUGUGUGUGUGUGUGUGUGUGGGCCGGUCUCCUGUAUAAAACACAUCAAGAAGAAAGAUGUCUUUAGAAAGUGCCUAUUUUUUUACCUGUUGGUUAUUCAAGCUGCAUUGAGCUCUUAUAUUUCAGUUUCUCAUUUAUCUUCGUUUUUUUAGAGCUUUUUGUGAAUACGGUUUUGAAGUAUAAACAUUAAAGAAGUAAUUCACUGAAACAUUCUGUUAUUUACUCAACUUCUUGUUGUUCCAAACUCGUAUGAUGUACUUUCAUCCAGGCGUUAGGCCUCAGUCCAGUUCACUUUCAUUAUAUGGAAAAAGAUGCAAUGAAAGUGAACACUGUUAAGGCCUAACAUCUCCUUUUGUGUUACACAGACGGACGACAUAGAUUAUAACAAUUCUCAUUUUGGGGUGAGCUAUCCCUUUAAGUUUUAAUGGAAUGUAAUCUUGCCUUGUAGCUCAUUAAAUAAGCAGAUUUGAGUGUUUUCUGUAUGGAGUUCUUCAUCACUGGCUCUUUCAUAUAUGACUCCUUUUAUCUUCUGGGAUUCAUGUGUGGGGGAGGAAAAUCUGACAUAUUGAUGUUGUUGAGAUCAAA